AUGGAUUGGAGCUACAAACGGCAAAUGGGAAAGAGGCCAAAUGUCAAGCCGACUGUCACGAUUCCCUUCGGAGGUGCGAGCAAACGGGCAUGCAGUUGGGCCAGAGCUACUCUCCUCUUUGGCUUCGGAAAAAGGGUACAGCUCGAGUUCGAAAUUUCGCGAACUCUAUUCCAGCCUCAGAAUAAAGACAACCACUUUCUAUUCAACUUAAUCGGUUUGACAUGUUUCGAGGCUGUCAGACUUGCCAUCCAGUCCGAGAGACACAUGAUACUCGUUUCCAUGUCAUCCAUCCCUCAGCAUGGCCAAGCAGUUGCACGUGAUCGAAAGACAAGUCUUCCCACUCAAGAGUUGGCCUGA